UUUAUUUAAUUUAAUUAAAUAAUAUUUUGGCAAGCGGAAAAUAAAAACACAGUGUGUGAACAUACCGUUAAUUUCAAGUGUGGAUAAAGCGAUAAUCAGAUAAAUAUUACAUAUAUAUGUCAGAGAUGGCAGAUUUGAUUUAUUUUAGAAUACAGACACAAAUGUUGCCAUAUCUAAUAUUCGUGUUCAUAUCUGUAAGUGGCGUGCUCAGUGGGAGAUCAUGCUACUGGAACGCGCAGUGCUCCUUUCAGUUGUACUCCUCGAAAACACCAUACGACACCGUCCGAGGGGACAUAAGGGACCAACCUAAUCUACCAAAUUGCGAGGCGGUAAGUGCGUGGACAUUGAACAGACAUGGCAACAGGAACCCUGGAGAUAGCGUUAUUGAUGAUAUCAAAGUGAUAAUUGGACUAAAAGACGAGAUUAUAUCCAGCUACGAAGCUGGCUCUAGUCAACUGUGCUCACAGGAUAUCGAAAAUUUACGUCGCUGGUCCUGGAACGAGACUAUCGAUGCAUCCGCGUCGUUUUUAACAGGGACAGGGUAUGAAGAACUGUAUGGUAUUGGCAAACGGCUCCGAGAAAAGUACCCUCAACUGCUGCCGAGUUCUAAUGACAGCUAUUACUUCAGAACUACAAAUGAGCAGAGAACUGUUACUAGCUCUAAAGCUUUUGUGCACGGAUUCACUGAUAACACCAAUUUGAGUCUCUCAGUUGAUGGUCCGUGGGAUAGAGAUGAUCUUAUAAGACCUUACGAAAAUUGUGAGAAAUAUCAAGUGGAGACAAAAGCAAGUCAAGAAUUGGACGAUCAACUAACUGCUUAUUAUAGUUCAGCUGAGUUUAUAGCAGUUCAGAAUAAUGUCCAGCAACGUCUUGGUAUCAAUACAAAGUUGUCUUCCAACGACAUAUACUCCAUUUACGAGCUCUGUCGAUUUGACCGCUCCUGGACGCCGACUCUGAAGUCUCCUUGGUGUUCAGUGUUCACCGAUGAUGAUUUAGUCGUCUUGGAGUAUGAAGAUGAUGUGUGGCAUUACUAUAGAAAUGGUUACGGGUCUUGGGUCAACGUAAGACUCGGUGGUCCAGUCCUGAAAGAUAUGUUCGACAACUUCGAAGCAGUAGUGCAAGGUGGAGGUAGGAAGAUCGUCUCGUACUUCACUCACGAUACCAUGCUUGAAAUGACGUUCAGCGCACUGGGCUUAUACAAAGACGAUUUCGUUCUAGAAGGUAUAAGGAGACAGCCGAACAGAAAGUGGCGGACCAGUUACAUAUCUUCUUUCUCUGUUAACAUCAUAGCUGUCUUAAACAGAUGCCACGAAUCAGACGGCCAGUCUUACCGCGUCCAGCUUUUUGUUAACGAGGACGAAACUGAACUUUGUCCCCCCGAAGGAUGCACAUGGGAAGAGUUCGAGAGGAAAUUUGCGUCUUACACCUCGAGCUUGGACUUCUGCAGUUUAGAUUAUGCCAAUCCAAAUCUGGCAUCUCUAUCUAGUAACGCGAGAAUAAACGGAAUCGGUCCCAUUGUUUUCCUAAUUCAAUUACUUAUUGUUUGUUUAUGGAGAUAAUUAUGUGAAGUAAGCAUGUUAUUUAGCUUAAGACAUGGAGUUAGCCAUGCCUAUGUUUUCAUAAUGGAAGUGUUUAUCAUAUUGCACAUCUUUCUAUGCAUGUUAUACUCAAAAUUCCUACAGCGACCUCCGUAUCCAAUAUAAUAACGCGUUCAGGGUGUUGAUGGGGCUGCCACGAUUCUGUAGCGCGUCAGGGAUGUUUGCUGAGCAUUGUAUAAAAUGUUUUUAUGCCACGAUGUGAAAAAGGUGUGCAUCCCUGGUGCGCAGAGUACGUGCCGGCGCCAACAGCAUCCUGAGUAUGAUAGCAAGCAGGCUGCACUGUGUGUACGUUGGUCACUGCUGCGCAAUUUCCAAUGGAAUUGUGCAGCGGUGAUUAUCUGCAUAUUAUUUAAUAUAUUAUAUGUGUGUGUGUGUGUGUGUGUGUGUGUAUUGUGUAUAUAAAUUUACUAACAUUAGUUUUAAGAAUAUUGUUACUAAUAAAUAUUUAAUGGACCAAAAAAGA